AUGGAUUCUUUCCUUUUAGGAUUGAGCAGCGUCCUCCUCAGCUCCCUCAUCCUCGUAAUCUUCCUCUUCUCCCGCCCGAAGAAGCUAAAUCUCCCCCCAGGCCCCCCCGGCUACCCUGUGGUCGGAAACCUCCUCCAGGUGGCCGGCUCCGGCAUCCCCUUCUUCCAAUACGUCCGCGACCACCUCAUUCCGCGCUACGGCCCCAUCCUCACCCUCCGCAUGGGCACCCGCACCAUGAUCGUGGUCAGCGGCGCCCACCUCGCACGCGAGGCCCUCAUCGACAAGGGCCAGGUCUUCGCCAGCCGCCCCCGCGAGAACCCCACCCGCGCCAUCUUCAGCUGCAACAAGUUCACCGUCAACGCGGCCCUCUACGGCCCCGUCUGGCGCUCCCUCCGCCGCAACAUGGUCCACAACAUGCUCGCCCCCGCCCGCCUCCGCGGCUUCCGCGCCCUCCGCACCGCCGCCAUGGACAAACUCGUCGCCCGCCUCCGCCACGACGCCGCCCUCGGCGGCGGCGCCGUCGCCGUUCUCAAAAACGCCCGGUUCGCCGUCUUCUGCAUACUCCUGGGAAUGUGCUUCGGGGUGGAGAUGGACGAAAAGACAAUCGACCGCGUGGAUCAGAUGAUGAAAUCCGUGCUCAUGGUCCUCGAUCCCCGCCUCGACGAUUACCUCCCCUCACUCGCCCUCUUCUUCCCCAAACAGUGGAAGAAGGUGCAGAGUGUGAGGCACCAGCAGAUCCAAACCCUUGUCCCGCUAAUCGAGAAGCGCCGCGAGGCCAUCCGCAACUCCAACGACCAGACAUUCUCGUAUCUCGACACUCUCUUUGAUCUGGAAAUCGAGGGACGCAAAUCUGGGCCGACAGAUCCAGAAAUCGUGACCCUCUGCUCGGAGUUUCUCAACGGCGGGACCGACACCACGGCCACCGCCGUUGAAUGGGCGAUUGCGAGGAUGAUCGAGAAUCCAGCGAUCCAGAAUCGGGUCGCCAGCGAGAUCCGAUUAGUGGUCGGGGAAAAAAAGGUGGAAGAAGGGGAUUUGGAGAAGAUGCCGUACCUCAACGCGUUUGUAAAGGAGCUUCUGCGCAGGCAUCCGCCGACUUACUUUUCACUGACUCACGCUGUGACGGAGCCUACCACGCUAGGAGGGUAUGAUAUCCCGACGGAUGCGAAUGUGGAGUUUUUUCUUCCGGGGAUAUCGGAUGACCCGACUCUGUGGUCUGACCCGGAGAGGUUUGACCCGGAGAGGUUUUUGUCGGGUCGGGAGGAGGCGGAUAUGACGGGAAUAACGGGGGUGAAGAUGAUACCGUUUGGGAUUGGUAGGAGGAUAUGUCCCGGGCUGAGUAUGGCUACGCUGCACGUGAGCCUCAUGCUGGCACGAAUGGUGCAGGAGUUUGAGUGGUCCUCCGUGGAGGAAGGUGGGAAGGUGGAUUUUGCUGAGAAGGUUGAGUUUACUGUGGUUAUGAAGAAUAGCCUCACGGCUAAGAUAACUCCAAGGGCAUAA